UAGAUCAUGGGAGAAAUAACCGCUGGCAGAUUGCGUGAUGACCUUAGCGAACAGAAAGCUUAUCCGAAUUUUUAUUUAGAGCAAGGGCCUCUAUCCCAUCGAAAGGGGGCGAGGGAUUCAGAAUUAUAAACGUACUCGUUCAUUCUUACGGCUUUCAAAGGAAGGAAAGUGAAACCGUUGGAGCAUUGAAAAUUCACUUCACGUGACCAUUUCAUUUCACUUUCAACAAAUACAUUUACAAAGCUCGGGUGGUCUCACUAGUCAGAACAGACUGUUGUCGUCCAACGGGUUUUACUCAGUUUGAAGCUAAAAGAGGCGAAAAAAAAAACUUGAGUUCAGCAACUGAGAAGCAAAAACAGAUUGCAAAAUGGAGAACGAACACGACCAGGGGAUUCCCUCGAUCUUAAAACUAAAUGUCGGCGGCCAUUACUUCACCACAAGUCCUCAAACACUAACCAAAGAUCCAGACUCAAUGCUGGCCAUUAUGUUCUCGGGGAAGUAUGGCAUGAAACGUGGGGAAGAUGGCGCUAUCUUCAUUGACAGAGAUGGAACCCACUUUCGGUUUAUACUUAAUUACCUUCGCACUGGAAAAAUAACAUUACCAGAAGGAGGAACAGCUCUGAAGGAAUUGAUGGAGGAGGCUGAAUUUUACCAGAUCCAGGGGAUACUAGAUGAAUUAAAAUCAUUGACAGAUAAUUUGACGAUCGUGAAACUGAAUGUAGGCGGCCAUCACUUUACAACAAGUCUCCAAACGCUGACCAAAGAUCCAAAUUCAAAGUUGGCCGCCAUGUUUGCAGGCGAACAUAUAAACAACGGCACAUUUAUCAUUGACAGAGAUGGAACCCACUUCCGGUACAUACUCAACUAUCUUCGUGAUGGAGAUGCGAGUUUACCGGAGGAGGCAUCUGCCCAGAAACAGCUCGAAGCCGAAGCAGAAUUCUACGAGGUUAAUGGGCUACUAAUGAAAUUGAGCAUAAUGUCGGAGAUAAUAACGAAUCAGGAACACACAGCCAAACUGCUAAGUUUUCUACCUUUGCUUAACUCGGCGGGGAAGCGACACCACCUUCGUCUUUUGUUCCGAGCUUCCCGAGAUGGCUUCUUCGCCAAAGCCUUUCACUCCAUUUGUGACAACCAAGGACCAACUGUUACCAUUGUGCAGAGUGGAGAAUACAUAUUUGGAGGUUUUACAGACAAGUCUUGGAAGAAUGAAGGUGAUUUUGUGAGAUGUUCAAAAGCAUUCUUGUUCAGUCUGGUCAACCCACAGGGCCUACAACCAGUUAAAAUGCCAAUUAAUUCUGAGGGCAAAAAUUAUGGCAUCUGCUGUUACAGUCAAGCUUUUUACGAAGAAUUAAUCAGCUUCAAUGUGGCCUGGAAUUGUAAACAUAACCUCGUAUGACAAACGUUUUCAUUCGACGAAAGCUCGUUCAGGUCACCCUAGGAACCUGUCCUGACUUAUCACCCGGGGGGAGGGGGGUGAAGGAUUUUAGAGGGAGGAGGAGGGAUGGAAGGGAAUGAUCAGUCGUAUCCAAGGUUGGGACUUUCGACUGCCAGUGAGAGGGAUCAUAAAUAUAUUACAUCGCUUCAGGGAUAUCAAGUAAAUUUUAUCGUGACACAACUAAAAUCCUUUAUAACCCCCCUCCACCCCCAAGCGAUAAAUAAUACAGUGGAACCUCGAUUUAACGAAGUGCCAAGGGACUGGGGAAAUUGGUUCGUUAU